GUAACUGCAGCAGAUAGGUGACUACGUUUAACAAACUAUUAAUAUAGUUGGAUAUUAAUCACACGACUGGUUUUUAUAAUGGUUCUCUUGAAGCGAAGAUUAAAGCUCUUAAAGUCAGUUGGAAUGUUGUGUUUAGGUGCCGUACUGAUGAAUACAAUGCAAUUGGUCAAAGACUCGUUUAAACCAAAUGACAAUGUAAUGAGAGAUUUUGAUUUAUAUCAAGAAAACGAAGGACAGGCUUUGGUGGAGAUCGAUGAAACAAAAGAUAGGUGUUCACCAGCAAAAGGAAAGAUGCCACUUGAUCUUAAAUACCCUCCUAAAAUGUAUGGCGGUAUACGACCGGGUGGAUUGUGGACUCCAAACUGCACACAUGGCUUGAGAGAAAAAGUCGCCGUUCUGGUGCCUUAUAGAGACAGGAAAGAGAACUUAAAAAUAUUCCUUAAUCAUAUGCAUCCGUUUUUACAACAUCAGCAAAUAGAUUAUGGGGUCUAUAUCAUUGAACAGGGCAACACAAAGAACUUCAACAGGGGGAAACUGUUCAACGUUGGCGUGGUAGAGGUCUUAAAGCUAGAACCGGACGUAAACUGUUUCAUCUUACAUGACAUAGACAAACUCCCAGAGACGCUUGACAAUGUGUACACGUGCAAAGAUAGUCCAAAACACCUUAUGGGAAAGCAGCAUAACCUCGAUGAGGACACAUACACAAGUGGGAUACACUACCAUGGUUACUUUGGUGGCGUCACGGCAGUCUCCAAGCUACACUACUACAUGGCCAAUGGCUUCAGUAAUAACUACUGGGGGUGGGGAAAAGAGGACGAUGAGUUUUGGCUGAGGAUGCAGGUGAAGAGGAUAAACAUUCACUACAGCUAUGACAGUGAUAAUGCAGAAUAUGUCAUCCUUCCUCAUCAGAACGACACAAUAAAACAUUCACAAGAUGUUCCGCAGUUUCGUAUAUUGGAAAAAACGCUCAGUCUAAAUGGCAUCAAUACAUUACAAUACACAAUGAGAAAGAUAAUCAAAGAACCUUUGUUUACACGUUUUGAUGUAUGGAUUUGACAAAUGACAUUGUGAUGUGUAAGACUUGACUGCUGGUGACUAACAACUUAAGCAAUUUGACAGUAGUUUGCUCACGAUUUAAAAGGAACGGGAAAUUGAAGAGAAAAGUAGUGAGCUGUAUGGGUGCCCUGACAGAAGCUGUCCGUUCGGCGUUCAUACGGGGUUUCCACAGAGCGAGGCAUGCAUUAUCAAUUUAUGUCUAAUCAGAACACAGUACAACCAUGUUAGAUCAGAUUACUCAACAUGGUUAAUAAUUAUGGAAUUAGUAUAUCAUUAAUUAUUAGCUUAAAAGCAAAGAUGUCACAUAGACCUAAACUUGAAUUUCAGUUCCAUCUUGUAUUGCACUAUUGUAAUUUAUAUGAAAUAAAA